CAUUUAAGGCCCAGCCAGGAGCACCCCCUCAGAAGGGGAGGCCCCGCAGUCCGGCCAUGGGGGACACCUUCAUACGCCACAUCGCCCUUCUGGGCUUCGAGAAGCGCUUCGUCCCCAGCCAGCACUACGUGUACAUGUUUCUGGUGAAGUGGCAGGACCUGUCUGAGAAGGUGGUAUACCGGCGGUUCACGGAGAUCUACGAGUUCCACAAAAUGUUAAAGGAAAUGUUUCCUAUCGAGGCGGGGGACAUCAACCCACAGAACAGGAUCAUCCCCCACCUGCCAGCCCCACGGUGGUUCGAUGGGCAGCGGGUCGCCGAGAGUCGCCAGGGCACCCUCACCGAAUACUGCAAUGCGCUCAUGAGCCUGCCUGUCAAGAUCUCUCGCUGCCCCCACCUCCUCAACUUCUUCCAGGUGCGCCCCGACGACCUCAAGCUCCCCACGGACAGCCAGGUGAAAAAGCCAGAAACCUACCUGGUGCCUAAAGACAAGAACAUUACGGACAUCACAGGCCCCAUCAUCCUGCAGACGUACCGGGCCAUCGCUGACUGUGAGAAGACCUCGGGCUCCCAGAUGGCUCUGGCCACGGGUGAUGUGGUAGACGUCGUGGAGAAGAGUGAAAGCGGCUGGUGGUUCUGCCAAAUGAAGACAAAGCGAGGUUGGGUCCCAGCGUCCUACUUGGAGCCCCUGGACAGUCCUGAUGAGACAGAGGACCCAGAGCCCAACUACGAAGGUGAGCCCUAUGUCUCCAUCAAAGCCUAUACUGCCCAGAUGGAGGAUGAAGUGUCUCUGCAGGAGGGCGAAGCCAUUGAGGUCAUUCAUAAGCUCCUGGAUGGUUGGUGGGUCAUCAGGAAAGACGACAUCACAGGCUACUUCCCAUCCAUGUACCUACAGAAGUCCGGGCAGGAUAUAGCCCAGGCCCAACGCCAGAUCAAGAGCCGAGGGGCACCGCCCCGCAGGUCGUCCAUCCGCAACGCGCACAGCAUCCACCAGCGGUCGCGGAAGCGCCUCAGCCAGGACACCUAUCGGCGCAACAGUGUUCGUUUUCUGGAGCAGCGUCGACGCCAAGGGCGGCCGGGACCGCGGAGAGCGAGGAGCCCGCGCCGGGAGCAGCCUCAGACCGAGAGCGCAAAGCCACAGCCCGCGGUGCCCCCGCGGCCCAGCGCGGACCUCAUCCUGCACCGCUGCAGCGAGAGCACCAAACGGAAGCUGGCGUCCGCCGUCUGAGGCCGGGCCGCCUCCCCUAGAUGGCGUCCUGGCCUCUCCGCCCUGUCCCGCCCCAUCCUUGUAUACACGUGUAUAGAUCCAGAAGUCUGGAUGCCUCCGGCAGUCCCGGCCUCCCCGGCUAACUAUUCAGCGCUCUCAAUAAAUGUUGCUUGGAGUGGACAGAGGUCCUGCAGAGCAGCCGGGCGGGCUGGGCUGGGCUGGGCUCGCCCUUGGGGGUGUUUAUAGAAUUAGGACUGAGGGCUGUGAGUUCUGCUGGGGCAGGAGGUUGGGGGAAGUUGCAAGAACCAAGGUCCGGUUGCACACUGCCCUGGCCUUGGCCGAGACUAAGUUUGCACGGGACCAAAUGCAAUAGGAAUCCCCCGCACCAACCCCCCUCCCCCCCCCCGCGCUGGCUGUUUGGACAGAAGCUGCCUGCUAAAACUUUGGUCCCACUGAAGAUGAGUUCUGAAGAAGGGUGCCACAGCGCGCGGCGUGUGCACCCUAGUUCGGUGACAAAGAAAAAUUGUCAUCUAGGUAUAGGGAGGGAGCACCUCUGAUUAUUCGCUGCCCAGUUACGAGGUUGUAGCAGAAAGCAAUUACUCAUUCAUGAACAGACCCUCACCGCCCCCACCAGCCCUACUGCCAGACCAUGGCUCAAAGUCUUUGUUGCCGGUGGAUCUUUUGCAAAAUGCAAAGACACCAACCAGGGUGCAACCUGGAGCUGCAAAUCUUGCUAAAGCGGCACCGUAUCAGGAAGGCGGUGGGUGGCAGCUACCCCACCUAUGUGGGAGGUGGCACAAGCGGCCAAGGCUGGUUCCUUCGAGAUAAGGGGACUGAUGCUUCUCAAGAGAAUAAUUUGACCAGCGCAACGAUUGAAAGAGGCCUUGAGAACACCACUGGGCCCUUUGUUUGCUUUUUGCACACUCAGUUUGCUGGAAAAAUCCAGCCCCUCAAACGCUAUCAUGCAAAGCUGUGGGAGAAUUAAUCACCGACCAUCCCAACCCCUUUGCUUGUUCAGUUGCAAGUAUAAUUAAAAAAACAAACUGUGUGAGAUAAAAUA